CAUUAAUCAAACAUUUAUAAAUUAUGAUUUUGGAGCACAAAUAUUCAGACAUUUAAUGUUUCCAUACUGAGAAUUGGGACACCGCUCGAAUUCUAAAAAAUUAGAUUGAGAUCCAGAUGGCAAUACUCGAAAAUUUUUUUUAUAUCGGAUAAUGAGAGCUCUCUCACUCUUUUCUCAGUCAGAGAGAUGAAUCAAAUAACCUUAAAAGUUUUAUAACUUGUCAUGUGUAAACAAAAAUGCCUUCUAUCAUAAGAUCUUUUAUAUUAAAAAGUUAUUUUACAAAAAAUAAUUAUUUAGCAGCUAAAUCUUUAGUGAAAAAAAAUAGUCGAUACUUUCGAACAACAAAUACUGUAUUUCAUGGAGAGUAUGAAAUGAAAGAUCCCAAAUCACCUGAAGAAAUAGUAAACGUUGUAUUUAUUGAUAAAGAAGGUAAAGAAACGCCGGUGAGAGGUAAAGUUGGAGACAAUGUUUUAUAUUUAGCGCAUAGAUAUGGAAUUGAAAUGGAAGGAGCUUGUGAAGCUUCUUUAGCAUGUACUACUUGUCAUGUUUAUGUCGAUCAUAAUUAUACAGAUAAACUUCCUACUGCAACAGAUGAAGAAGAAGAUCUCUUAGACUUAGCACCUUUUUUAAAAGAAAAUUCACGAUUAGGUUGUCAAAUUAUUUUAUCAAAAGAUUUAGAAGGUAUUAGAUUAGAGCUACCACAAGCUACAAGAAAUUUUUAUGUUGAUGGUCACACGCCUACACCUCAUUAAAGAUUUAUGAGUACCGUGUAAAAUUCGACGAUUAUUUUUUAAAUACUUACUAUUAAUUAAAUUAUAUAUUAUGAUGUAAAUAAUGAAUAUAUUUAAAAUGAACUCACAUGAUUAUAACUUUGUAGUUAACAUUCUUUUUACCAAAAAGUAACUCAUAUAAAAAGACAAAACA